AGCUGACACUUACUGAGCCGUAAAUACUGUGUUCCAAGCUCUGUGCAAGGUGAUUCCACAUAUUAUUCCUCGUAUAAAACGAAUACUUUAAGUUUAUAGAGCAGGAGUUCUCAGAAUCACCGUGGGGGGCUUUUUGAACCUAUGCCCAAUAUCCACCUCAGGUCAAUUAAAUCAGCAUCUCUAGGGAUGGGAGCGUGGUAGCUGUAUGUUUUUAAAACUUCCCAGGUGACUCCGUCUGCAGCGGAGGUUCAGAACCAUGGUUAGAAGUCCUUAACAUUGAAACAGUGGUGUGGACCCUUAAGGCUGAUCUUCACUCCUAUCCCAGCUGGGACUAGGGCAGUGGGUCUCAAAGUGUUUCCUGGACCAGCAGCAGGGUCCUCAGGGAACCUGUGAGAAAUGCAUAUUCUCUGGUCACAUUCCAUACUGCAGAAUGAGACACUCUGAGUUGCGGCCCAGCAAUCUGUUUAACAGCUUUCUAGGAGAUUUUGGGAAGUGUUUGAGAACCAUGCUCUGGGGGUUGAAUGGCUACCAAGCCAAGAGGUCCGGCUGUCCAAACCUGGUGUCUUUCUUUCUGUUCUUAAACCCACUUCCUCGGUACUUGAUGGACAUAUACGUUGGGGUUUUUUUGUUUUGUUUUUGUUUUUGUUUUUUGAGGGUUAUUUUGACUUUUGAUUCCCGCCUUCAGAGUAACUUUAGAACUUCAUCAGGCGUAAGAUACGAACACCGCCCCCGCCCCGCCCCAUUCUCUAGCGUAAGUAGCGCUUCUGUGACGUCGCGGUACCUCAACGUCACAGCCCCGCCCCUGAACAUGUCCCAGUGCCCCGGGCGUUCUGGGCGUUCCAGGCGUGCGGCGCAGCCAGAGGACCCUCCAAGUGCAAGGCGAGGGGUGCACUCUGAGCCAGAAUGGGAGACUGGAAAGUCUACAUCAGCGCGGUGCUGCGGGACCAGCGCAUCGACGACGUGGCUAUCGUGGGCCACUCGGACAAUCGCUGCGUGUGGGCAUCGCGGCCCGGGGGCCUGCUGGCGGCCAUCUCACCGCAGGAGGUGGGUGUGCUCACGGGGCCGGAUCGGCGCACCUUCCUGCAGGCCGGCCUGAGCGUGGCGGGGCGCCGCUGCUGCGUCAUCCGCGACCACCUGCUGGCCGAGGGCGACGGAGUGCUGGACGCGCGCACCAAGGGGCUGGACGGGCGCGCCGUCUGCGUUGGCCACACGCCGCGUGCGCUCCUCGUGCUCAUGGGCCGACGGGGCGUUCACGGGGGCGUUCUCAACAAGACGAUGCACGAGCUGAUCCACGGGUUGCGAAUGCAGGGCAGCUAGCAGGACCAGCAGCCGGCGCCAAAAUAAACUCUGACCUGGUCAUGGCAGACUCAUCCUCCGGCUGUGAGGGCAGGGGAAGUUGCAGAUGAGGAAACCAGUUUACUAGAUGAAUCUUGCAGAAGGGUUACCUGGGGAGGCUAGUAUUAUGAGUCCAGAAGCAUCCCAGCCUCCUGAGCCCUGCACCUGGCCCUCCCAUGGGUGCCCUGCAGAGGCCUCUGGCCUCACUCCUUAGGCCAGCAUCCUGGGGGCCUUGGGGCCUUCCAGGGUCCUAGGGACACUGAAACUGAGGAGGGAGUGGACUUCUCAAACCCUCUAGCUCAGGCCUGAGCAUCCUUUCCCACAAAAUUCUUCCCAAGUCGGUGCAGGAUGAACUGUAAGGAGGUCUCCUCCCCAGCCUCCCACAUGAC